GUGAAAGUGGUAUGGGGGUUGCAAACACACAUGGCGUGGGAGGGAGCAUUCAUAUGGGAGCACCAUCUGCGGCAGGCAUAUAUUCAAUCUGGUACCACUGGAAAUGGCAUAGGUGGGGUCGGCGUAGGUCCAGUGGGAGGAUCCAUAGGCAGUAAUGCAGGAGUUCGCGGUGCCAGUGUCACUGUAGGUAGUGGAGGUGCUCCAUUUUCCAUUGCCCCAGGAAUUGGUGGGGGCCAUUUCGGAGUCGAUACAGCGGGUGUGCGCCUACCUGGUAUCACCGUGAAUCUCCCUACAGGUGCAGUAACAACUGCCUCGGGUACUUCAACAUCGAAUAUCGCGGGAAUUACCGGGGGCGUUGGGGUUAAUCCGGCAGGUGCAUCCUUAAGUGGUGGUGCGGGAAUUCAUGGCGCCGGUGGUAGUGCGCAUAGCGCAGGCUUUACUUCUCUUACCACGGGAUCUCUCACAGGUAGCCACGGAAGCAGUGCUGCUGGUAUACGCGCCCCUGGUGGCGGAGCGAGUUUCCCAGCCGGUACAGGAACAUCUACAGUUGGUUCAUCCUCACCCAUUACCGCGGGAGGUAGUGGAGUUAGAGUCGGUGUAGGCACAGUGGGAACAGGUUCGAGUACUACUGUAGGAUUCGCUGGAGUCGGUGGCGGUUUACACGCAGACGGCGCACGCCCAACUGGCGCUGGAGCUUCUGGUGUGGGCAUUACCACAAGUGGCACAGAACGCACUGCGUCCGGUAUUUCCGCAGUUUCAACAAACGGGAGGUGGCACUCUCAUGGCACAGGAAAUGGCGUAAACAAUGAGGGAAACUCAGACCUUUCUACUUUUGGCCAUACCAGAGGACCUGGUGUCGCCGGUACCGGCCCUACACGGAGUAGGUGGGAGCUCUGCGGCUACUGAAGGAGCUGCUGCGGCUGGUGUCACAGCCGUCAGAGGAGGUGCAUUCACCAGCGGUGUAACAGGGAAUUCCACUGCCAUUAGCGGUACACUAACAGGCGGUACAACUAGCUCUGGUAAUAUUGUGCACACCGGAGGCGGCGCCGCUCUGACAUCUGAGGUUUCAUCCUCUAGUGGUAGCGCAGGCGCAAGCGGGAUCGGCGCAAGCGUAGAAAGGGGAGGUGUCAUAUCGAGCACAGGAGGUUCACUCUCACAUGGAGUUGGAGCAGCCGGCGGUGUUGCUUCUGGAAUGCCCUCAAGCGUUACAUCGUUACACGGGCAUGCUGAAGGCAAUACUGGAAGAUUAACAGAAGGGACAGCCCUACAUAGCACCGCUGUGCACGGCGGAGCUGGUGCCUCACUAAGCUCAGAGGUUUCAUCUUCAACUGGCAGCACAGGUUCUAGCACGGCCGGUGUAGCUGUAGGAACAGGGAGUCCCUCAAUGAGUGCAAGUGGUUCACUUUCACAUGGAGCUGCAGAAUUCGGCAAUGGCGCUUCCGGAAUAGUCUCAGAGGUUCCACCCUCGCAUGGAACGGUCAGACUCGAAACGAACGGUACCGGACUAUCUACAGGUAGUGCAUUACUAAGUGGUGCUAUAGGCACUGGAGGCAGUGGUGUUGGAGGUGCCACUCUUGGUGUAGUGCCAGUGGGUGUGCAUAUACCAGUAGUCACUGUACCUGGUGGCCUCACUGUCGGAUCAUCUCCGGGGGCUACGGGUGCAGCUGGUACAGGAGGAGUAGGUAGAAUUGUUGGAAGCGGUGCUAAUGCUGGAAUAGGCAGAGUUAGUGUAGCCUUACCUGCAGUCGUAGGAUCUGGUGGCGUUAAUGUCGGAUUAUCGCCAGGACCUACAGCCGCAACUGGCGCCACCGGGAGUGAUAGGGUUAGUGGAAGUGGAUUUAGUGCUGCCUUGAGCCCGGGAAGUAUAAGCUUCCCUUCUGGAGUUGUACCAGGUAGCACUACCAUCGUAUUGGCCCCAGCGGUUGGUGGGAGCGGAGCCACUGGAGGCCCUGGGAGUGUGAACUCCGCUACAGCCGCGGUACCUGGCCAUUACACUGUAGGAAUAUCAUCAGGGAAUACUGCCACGGGUAGUGCCACAUACAGUGCUCUCACUGGUGGAGGUAGCGUUGGUUCUAGUAGAAACAGAGGGGGGGCAGCUUUACUUGGGGUCACAGGAAUUGAUGGUUCCAACAUCGGGUUUGCCCCGAGUGCUGCGCUCACAGGUGUGAAUACAUCAAUGUCUGGUGUUCACGCCUUUUUACUCCCAGGCGCUUCCUACCCACCUCUGUACAUUAUAAAUACCAUGUUAGCUGGCGAAGGAGUGAAUGGCACGGUCGCUCACAGUAGCUCCGCAGAUGCUAACAGCGUUUCCUCAGGAGAUAUAGACAUUGGUGAAGCGCCAACUGGAGGCCUCGAGGAUGGUUGCGUCUCUCCAAAAUGUGGCGAAAACGAAGUUCCCGUGAGCGGCAAGGCUCGGCAAGACGUGUUCUGCAGGUCCAUGCACACACCCCAUUCGGUGUUGAAGCAACUGCGUGAAUGCGUCUGCAAGCGCCACUUCGUCCGCAAUUCAUGGGGGGAGGACCCCACGAACUGGAAGAAGUGCGUCAAGGUGGAGAAAAAUCCUCCGAUAUGUCCACCACACUCCAGGUUCGAACCCUGCGUGUCCACCUGCGAGCCAGUGCAGGCAUCGUGGGUCUACUACCAUCAGCAGCAGCAGGACUCGGCGCAGUUGGAGCAGGCUUAG